UUCAGUGAUAUUCAGUUAUGCUAUUGUCUAUAUUUCAGUGAUUCUAUUGUCUAUAUUUCAGUGAUAUUCGGUUAUUCUAUUGACUAUAUUUCAGUGAUAUUCAGUUAUUCUAUUGUCUAUAUUUCAGUGAUAUUCAGUUAUUCUAUUGACUAUAUUUCAGUGAUAUUCAGUUAUUCUAUUGUCUAUAUUUCAGUGAUAUUCAGUUAUUCUAUUGACUAUAUUUCAGUUAUAUUAAGUUAUUCUAUUGUCUAUAUUUCAGUGAUUCUAUUGUCUAUAUUUCAGUGA